AUGCCCGCGACAUCAUCGGGACGUAUUGUCAAGUCCCGGAAGGGCAAGACGUCAACUCCCUCCCAGAAGAAUCACCGGUGGGAGUCUUUCACGACGAAAAUCUCCAAGCUCCAUUCGCUCGACCCUCUGCGCAAGGUGCGCCGCCACGAUCUCGACGCCGAAGACCUCGAUGCAACGACUUCAUAUUUCAAGAAUGGCCUGGAGAAAUGGGCAGAUCUCGAUGUCUCCAAGGGAUUCAUUCUCUUCAAGAGGGAGGUCUCUCCGCUCUGCGAGAGUUUGGCCCAAUUAAUUCACUUUGAAAGUAAGAUCAUGGACUUGCUCGACAAGUACAUAUCUGCUCAAGAGAAGGAGUCGCUGGAAUCUUUGCUCGACCUCCUCACUGCCUUUGCCCACGACUUGGGUACCAGGUUCGAAAAACAUUACCCCAGGGCCCUGGAUCUAAUUAUACAAAUCGCUGGCCGACGACAUGAUGCAGCGGUGAUUGAGUGGACGUUUGCCUGCCUGGCUUUCUUAUUUAAAUACCUUUCGCGCCUCUUGGUUGCAGACAUCCGACCGACCUACGAUGCCGUAUCUUCACUUCUAGGAAAGGCUCGCAACCCCCAAUAUAUCGCCAGGUUCGCAGCUGAGGCCAUGAGUUUCUUGAUCAAGAAAGCUGCCGCUCCUUCCCAUCGCGAAAAGUCGCUUCCACUCAUUAUUGAACACGCCCGCCUCGACCUUGAGAAGACUCGCGGUGAAAGACAGUAUGAGCUUUACUACCACGGCAUCAUGACAAUGUUUGCCGAGGCGAUCAAAGGUCAAGGAAAUGGUGUGCAUACCACCGCUCCAGCCAUCGUCAAGGCUUUAAUCACUUCGGUACCUAUUGCCGAGAGCUACUCGGAGGAUACGGAAACCUGGGCGGCAGUUGUCUGUGGUACACUUGUCAGUUCCGUGCAUCAUACCACAGUCGACACCUUUGCACCGAUAAUAGAAGCCAUUUUUGAUAGCGUUGUCCAGGAGCCCGGUCUGCGCAACGUGCUUUAUUUGCGCUUGCUUGGAACCAUCUCUGGCGUUCGCAAGGGUACUAGGAUUUCGGACUGGUCCAGUCUGCUUGACUGCCAAAACCAGUGUCUUAGUGCCUUGAUGCAAGAUAAGUCUGGAUUGGAAAGUCUUGAGGCUUCGGCAGUCUGGGACCACAUUAUUGUGAAUAUUGCUCUUGUCUGGCAAUAUGCGUCUUUUGAUGCAGUUGCCCCUCAUAUUGCAGGACUCACCAAAGCUCUCACGCAACAACCUCUCAAGUCAUGGUUUAUACCUUUCUGUUCCUACCUAUCCGAGCUGGAUGCCAGCAAAUUUCAGAGUCUAUUCUUGAGUCACUUUCAGAAGUUUGUCGCUUCCCAUUGGGCAGAGGACGCUAAUGAAGAUAUGCUCUAUGUCAUUCUACCCAAGAUGGUCCAGGGCAAUGCCAUUCCUACCCAAAAAGACAGCAAGGCGUUCACACUGCCACAGUCCUGGCAAGAUGAAAUCAUCAAGACGUUCGGUAGACUGGAAGCCUCGCCAUUUCCCGAAGCGGGCUCCAAGGUUGGCAACGACGAUACUGAAGAAUGGCGAAGUAAACGGCUGCCAAGAUAUGCGGCGAUUCUCCGUCUCUUGGAGUAUGUCAACGUAGACACCAAGACUAUCGAGUUCGUCUCAGACAGACUGUCGACAAAACUCAAGCUUGCCCUUCGACCGUCCGAUUCUCUAGAGACCGAGGAAGCCCGUUUCAUUGUCAGCCGAGGGUUUUCGUCCUAUCUCAGAAUGAGUCAAGCGAUUGGCCGCUUCGAUCAAUCUCUUGGGCCACUACUCAGAGCGGCUGCACCUCGAUACUCACGUCUUACCGGCUACCUAGAGGCGAUGCUUGCGUACGAGGCACAAUCGACAAGUUCAUCUAGCCCGACAUCUCAUGGCGACGGAAGUGUGAGCCCAGAAAAAGGACUCAGCCCCCUUCUGAAGAGUCUUAUCCGUAAUCUUUCAUCCCAAUCAUCCGAACUUCGCCUCGCCUCCCUCAGGUUGCUUGGUAAUAUGGAGUCCGCUCCGGACCAAUUGGAUGCUUUGUCAAUCAUGUUACAGACAGAGCAAACAUCACUGGAUCUGCAGAAUGCCCGAGCCAUUUCGGUUCAUCUUCGUAAACUUGGUGCAAUCUAUUCCCAAAUUGACGAAACCGCGUGGCUGCGCCAGGCAGUGCCUGCUUUCCUCUUUGGAAUGCUGACGGUCAAGCUUAUGCCUGUAUGGGAGACUGCUGUAGAGUCUCUCAAGCAAGUCAGCCAGACGCAAAGCGCAGAAGAAGUCAUCUGGGAUUUGGCUUUCGAAUGGAUUGAAGCUCCGUCCAAACGCUGGGACGGGUCUUCCAGAGAAGUUGCGACCGGUGGCGUACGCCGUGGUGCCACAGAUUUCGAGUGUCUCAACCUUGAUCAGCUAAGGGAGAAGGCUGACGCUACCAAACAUGCAUCCAUUGAAGCAUCGGAUAUUCUGCUCCAAGACUUUGAGGAAAGCCAAGAACAGGCUGAGGAGAGACCAGCAAAUGCUCGGACACAAGCACUCAAGGUUCUUUCAGCGGCUCCAAAUCUGGCAGAAAAACGGUCACGCAAACUAGUCCCUAUCUUUCUAUCCUGGGCAUCCAGCAGCGAUGAUCAUGGCGAUGCUUCAGAGGACGAACCAGUCCCUACUGAAGGCCAAUUUUGGUCCUUGACAGACAGAAAGGGGCUCUUGGGCGUAUUUGCAAAGUUUGGCAACCCCAAGGUUCUUUACCAAAGCCAGCAGGUCUACGAUGCGCUGUUGAAGCAAUUGGCAAAUGGUGAUAUUGAGGUUCAAAAGACUGCCUUGAAAGCCAUUGUGGCAUGGAAACAAGAAGGCGUCAAACCUUAUCAAGAGAAUCUUGAAUUUCUACUCGACGAAGCAAGAUUCAAAGAUGAGCUUACAACUCUUUUUCAAGGCGAUCGCCAAAUUCAAGCGAAACACCGUGCCGAGGCUAUGCCUGUCCUCCUCCGGCUCCUUUACGGUCGCACGAUUUCAAAGAAGGGAACAUCCAGCGGACGCGGUGGCCUCCAAGCUACCCGAUUAGCCGUGCUUCGAAACUUGAGCGUCGAGGACAUGGGUGGAUUUCUUGACAUUGCACUGGGUGAAUUGCGUGGCGUUCAAGUCAUUGACAAGAAUGGAAAAUUGCUCAGCGAGGUUGUAAAUCGCGAGCUUCUCACUGUGCGCAAGCAAGUCGGUUUUUUGAACAUGAUCCUCUCGAUGAUUAACGAGUUAGGCACGAGCGUUGCCGACUACACUUCCACGAUACUCCCCGCAGUGUUGUACUGCUUGAUCAGUGCUUGUCACAGACUUGGGCGGGCAAGUGGUGAAGAAGAGCAGACCGAGGAAGAGGGGCAUACUUCACUGCUACGAAACGUUCGAAGCAUUGCUCUGAAGUGUGUUAUUGCUCUGCUACGAAAUGCGCCUACGUUCAACUGGGCACCUUACUCGGAUGUUCUUGUCAAGGAAGUUGUGGCUCCUAGACUUGAGAAUCUGCCCAAUGAAAACACAGAAGGUGUAUCAGGCACACUGCAACUUCUCUCCACGUUUUCGCUCAUUCCCAAGACAGCUUUGUUUCUGGGUAUCGAUACUCGCAUUAUUCCCAAACUGACUGAUCUGUUAUCAAUCAUGAAGGCAAAAGAUGAAGUCAAGAUUUUUGCUCUGAGCAUCGUGCGCAACCUGAUCAGCCUUGCUCAAGCACCCGCUGCCGAGUCCGAGUUCAACGAACUCAUCAAGGAAGAGCUGCUCGACCCGAACCUAGAUGUUAUCCUGGGGAAGAUCAGCGGCUUGCUGCGGUCACAGGAGAGAUCCGAAAAUGAACCUGGCAAGGAACUGGGAAGAGAUCUGCUUGCUGCGAGCGUUGAGACUGUUGUUGAAUUGUCGCCAUUGGUUCAACAGUCUGGCAACACGACUGAGCUCAUUGACAUAUCAGUUUACUUGCUCAAUCAGCCACCCCGUCGUGUGCAUCCGAAAGUCAAGGGUGGUGUCCUCACAAUAUUGGAGAAUUUCUUGCAGCUCGUGGAUGCUUCUGAGACUAGCGGUUUGCGCAAUCGCAUCUAUGUCACUGUCUCAAGUCUUUACAACUUCUUCAAGGACAGGCCCAGUCGCGAGGCGUUGUCGAGAGUCCUCGCUGUUUUCAUCUCCAAAGACACAGAGGUCCGAGAUGAAGUCGCCGACCUCUGCAGCAAGCUCAACUCCUAUGUCGAGGGACGGAUUGAUGAGGCUAAUUAUGACACUCGGCUGGCUGCAUUCAACACUAUUACGAAAUCGUCUUUUACAGCCCGAGAAUGGGAGCCAUUGCUACAGAACAUGCUGUUCUACCUCAAACACGACGAAGAAUACGGUGUCCUAUCCUCAAACUCAGUCGACGGCAUUUGCAGAUUUGUAGAUGCAGCAACAUCAUCUACUGGACGAGAAAAGGAUACUUUCUUCGAUAUGCUCCAGAACAUGGUUCUACCCGCAGUCUUUUCUGGGGCAAGGGAAGCGUCCGAGACUGUAAGAAGAGAAACAGUUCGCAUGCUUGGAUACAUGGUCUCUCAUCUGCCUUCGUGGGCUCCAGUCAGUGAUUUGACAGGACUCGAUCCACCAGCCGAUGAAAACGAUGUAGACCCUAGCUUUUUCAGCCACAUUCUCAGCUCAGCUGCCUCUCGGCAGAUGAGGGCAUUGCAAUUUUUGUCGAAGGUCAACCACCACACCGAGCUGGGCAGUCGUAAUCUCGCACACUUCUUCAUCCCUCUCCUUGAGCACUUCAUCUGGGGGCGCGAGGAUGGUGAGGAUGAUCAUGGCGUGGGUGCGCAGGCAACAACCACCAUCGCUGAUCUGGCAAUUUCGCUUGAAUGGCCGCAAUUCCGAGCGAUCUUGGGCAGAUAUGUUAGCUAUAUUGAGUCCAAACCAGACCACCAAAAGCAGUUGGUCAGGAUUCUGGGCAAGCUGAUUGAAUCUCUUUCCAUCGCUGCAACGGAAAAGUAUGGAGACCUUGCCUCCCCCGACACCACUAUGAAGGAUUCGUCAGGCAAGAAACACCGCCUUGCAUCUACAAUGCCAGCCUUGGACAAGUUCAGUGACGACGUUGUCAACAAAGUGUUGCCUCCUCUUAUGAAGUAUAUACAUCAUAAAGACGAGACGACUGUCAGCUCACGUGUACCCGUCGGAGUCAUUAUUGUCCGACUACUCAAGAUACUUCCACCCGAGUAUUUGGAACAAAAGCUGCCCGGUGUCUUGACAGAUAUUUGCCAUAUCCUUCGGAGUAAGGCAUGGGAGUCUCGAGAAAUGGCGCGCGACACCUUGGCCAAGAUGACAUCCCUGCUUGGGCCUACUGCAUUUGGAUUUGUGCUCGACGAACUGAGAGGCGCGUUGACAAAGGGCUACCAGUUGCACGUACUGUCAUACACCAUGCACACAAUUCUUGUUCAAGUCAUCCCCGAGUUUCAACCAGGUGAUCUUGACUACUGCCUGGACAAGAUUGUUGCGGUCAUCAUGGACGAUAUCUUUGGUGCUGUCGGCCAGGAGAAAGACGCCGAGGAGUACAUUAGCAAGAUGAAAGAAGUGAAAAGCAGCAAGAGUCAGGAUUCCAUGGAACUCAUUGCCAGAACUGCUUCCAUCAGUCACCUAGUCGAGCUUGUGCGACCUCUGCAAGCGCUCCUGAUGGAAAAGCUUGACCUGAAGAUGGUUCGCAAGAUUGACGACCUAUUGAACCGAAUAGCCAAUGGACUGCUCGGCAACGCCGCAGCAGAGAGCAGAGAUACUCUGAUUUUCUGCUACGAAGUCAUUCAGAAGGUGUACGAAAGCAAAAAGCCAAAUGUAGAGGUGAAACUGGAUCCCAGGCUCCGCCGCUACCUGGUACAGAAGGGCGCAAAGAAAAGUGGCGAGCGUGGUACAACCAACAAGUACACUCACAAGCUUGUCAGAUUUGCAUUUGAUAUUCUUCGCUCAAUCUUCAAAAAGCACGACAGUCUGCGUAACGCUGGCAAUAUUACUGGUUUCGUCCCCAUAUUUGGUGAUGCUGUCGUUUCAGGGGAGGAGGAAGUCAAGAUUGCCGUCUUCAAACUUCUCACUGUCAUCGCAAAGGUUCCGUUCAAGACGGAUGCUUUUGCGAAGCUGUACAAAGUUGUGGCCAAGGAUGCGAUCAAAAGCAUUUCGAUCUCAACCACGACAAGCACUGACCUGGCUCAGACCGCGUUGAAGCUUGUCUCGGUCAUCUUGAGGGAUCGGCGAGACAUUCCCAUCAGGGAAGCUGCAGUAGACAUGCUCCUGGGCAAACUGAAGGAUGACUUGACCGAACCACUUUACCGCCACGUUACUUUCAAUUUCUUGCGCGCGGUUCUUGACCGCAAGGUUGAAACCGCUGCAGUGUACGACACACUUGAUUAUGUUGGCAGUGUCAUGAUCACCAAUGACGACAAAGAUACUCGAGAUCUCGCUCGUGGUGCUUUCUUCCAAUUCCUUCGUGAUUAUCCACAGAAGAAGAAUAGAUGGGCAAAGCAGCUCAGCUUUGUCGUGGCCAAUCUCAAGUACGAGCGCGAGGGCGGCCGACUUUCCGUCAUGGAAGUUGUUCAUCUUCUCCUCAUGAAGUCGGCCCAAGAUUUUGUUCAGGAAGUUUCCACUACAUGCUUCAUUCCCCUCUUUUUCGUACUGGCAAAUGACGAUAGCGAAAAGUGCCGCCUUGCAGCAGGUGAGCUACUCAAAGAGAUUUUCCGCAAAGCCGACAAGGACAGCACUGCCAAGUUCCUCACCCUGCUUCGCAACUGGCUUGCACAAGAUGGGAAUCAGACCGUACUACGACUCUCCAUCCAAACCUUUGGCUACUACUUUGAAGCAAGGGAGCCCGUGAGCAAAGACCUAAAGGACUUGGGCCUUGUCUCAAGCAAAAUAGUCGAGAUUCUGGACGACUAUGCGACCUAUGCGAAUGAUUGGGAGCUUAUCAACACGAUUGUGGAGACGGUGGCGAUUCUGAUGGACAAGCAUGAGGCCGUGAUACUCGCCAAUGAGAAGCUAUGGCACGCCGUUGGAAAGCCACUUGCUUCCCAACAUCCAACAGUCAAGUUGUCAAGCAUCAAAUUGCUGAACAAAUACUUGAGCGACUUUUACGAGCACACCGAGCAAUCGGAGGAAGCUGAGGCCCUCGUCGGCUCCCAGGGAUUGCGUCUCGAAAAGGACGCCGUCGAGGCUCUUGUCAUGCUUGCAGUCAAUAUCAUCAGCCCACCUACAAUUGCUAGAUGGCGUCGGCGCUUGUCCAAGCAGGGUGCCGAGGAUAUGCCGGAGAUUGAGUCCAACACUGAAACGCCAGAUGUUGAUGAGAAUCUGGCAGGAGAGGUCGUGCAGACUCUGGCACGCCUGGGCAAGUUCUUGGAUCCCAAGCCAUCUGCUUCUGACAAUGCAUCACUCAAGGUUGGCGAUGAUGAAGGUGAUGAAGAGAGCGAAUUGAGCGACACUGAUGAAGAAAAGUCAAAGGCCGCUUCCAUCACCCUGCACACGCUGUUCAACUUCCUGUCUGACAUUUUAGUCAUUGAAACGGCGGCUCGGGCCUCCGCGCUCAUCCCCAAGGUUGCGGCAAUGCAACUCUUACACCUCUAUGUGGCGACACUUCCUUCCACGACCCACAUUGCACCCUCGCUUAAUAUCCUACUCACUCCACUGCACCACUUGACGGAUCCAUCCAUUCCGAUCCCAUACUCGACCGACCGGUCUUACAAGCCGCGCGUGGAGGAGCUCCAGGACAAGGCCCGGGAGCUCAUGGAAACGCUGCAGCGCAAGAUUGGCACAGAACUCUACACGCGAGAGCUACUUGAGGUUCGGGAGGCUGUCAAGAGGCGCAGGGAAGGACGCGCCCGGAAGAGGAAGAUCGAGGCUGUGGCCCAACCGGAGCGCUACGGAAAAUUCAAGAAGGGGAAGCUGGACAAGAAAAUCAAGCGCAGAAAAGAGAGGGCCGGGGAAGAGCGAGAAAGACGUCACGGAGGGCGGUACUGA